AGUAGUAGAUAAUCAGGUAAGAAAACUCAAUCGACUAGUACGAAGAAGGACAGUGGAAGUACAAUGUUACGAGCUUUAACAGUUCUAGGAUGCCUCUUUGGGGUACUCCGUGCGGAAUUAACUGACAGUGACUACAGAGGCUCGUACAUGUCCGUACCAGGUGAUCAGAUGUCAUGUGGGGGCUGUUACGGAUUCGCUGAGGCUGCAGUAAUAGAGUGGUUUGCUGCAAACACAACGGGUAAACUAAUACCCCUGUCGACACAGUUCUUUGUGGACUGCAUGGAGGACGACUAUGGUAAUGAUGUUAACGGGUGUAGUGGAGGUGUUGUUACUGAUGGACUCAAGUACUUGCUGACUUAUCAAUAUCACCCGUACGCUGAGGAUUACCCCUACACUGGCGACUGGAAUUCCCAGACAUGUAUAGAUAACGGAGUGAAGGACAGAAAAAGGAGGAAUGCUCUGGCUGAUGUUUGGGUGUUUAACUACAUUCCCUUGUCCAAAACAGCUCAAGCGAUGAGGGAGGCAUUGCAAAAUGGCCCUGUGAUAUCGUCAAUGUAUAUCGGUGAAGAAAUAUUCGGCUGGGAUGGAAGUACGAUCAAUACGGACACAACUUGUGCCACCUCUCCAGCUGCUCACGCUCUGACCUUUGUUGGGUGGCAAUCUAACAACGAAAACCCUUACUAUAUUAUCCGGAACAGUUACAGCGAGUACUGGGCCGAUAAGGGAUAUGCUAACUAUGCUGAUAACGAAGAGAACACCUACUGUAAUUACCAGAACCAUGCUGUCACACUGUCAGUGGGGAGACGUCAUGAACUGGAGUACAGACUAGGGUUUGGUAAGAAGAAGUUUGACGAUGCUAGGGAGGCUUGUCAGACUCUUGAUGGGGACUCUCCCGCUGAUAGAGGGGGCUGGGAUCUGGCUGUUAUUCCUACUCAAAUGCAUAACUUUGAGGUAUACGAUUUGUUCACACAAACGUAUGGUAGCGACAAGAAAGGAGACGAUUCUUUUAAUUUUAUCUGGAUCGGCAUGUUCAAGCAGCAGUGGGUGGAUGGUACAGAUGUCAACUACGUAAACUGGUUUGAUUACAAGUUGAAGUAUUUCCACACAGCCAUGAUGAAGGUACACCCGGGUAACGAGAACCGGAGGGGAAAGUGGACAACCCGAGCUAAAGUGGACACUUACAGAUUUGUGUGCAGUCGCUACAGACAAGAGCGAUGUCCAAGAAUUUCUCAAACUGCAGUUGACAAUGCAGAAACACUAACGAUGUUUGAUGCGGAGGGGGUCGUCACAAAAGAAAUAGAUGUAGGCACUGUCGCGGUGGUCGAAUGUAUUUCUGAAACCAACAGAGUUGGACCGGAGACAAGUAAGUGCCAGGGAGAUGGAACCUGGACGGAACUUCCAGCAUGCAAGUCGGCCGUUGUAAACAACAAUUGUAAGAUGUUGACUGUAUCUGACAUUCCCAACUCAAAAUCGGUGACUGGUAAAGAGGUCGAACCCGGGUUUGUAGCUCCAGGAAGCACUUUGAAAGUAAAGUGCGCUAAAAAGCUCAAGCUGAUAAACUCCGGUGACUUCACGUGUUCUGAAGGAGAGUGGUUGAAUAUUCCUACUUGCGAGAAGAAGCAAAAAAAAUCAAAAAACAGCAAUAAGAAGGAAAAAGAAUAAAUCUAAAUCCUAACUGCUUGAUAUGUGAUAUUAGCUUGUGACAAAACAUCAUUUUCCUAAAACUAUGAUUGCAAUGUUGUACCGGGUUUACCAUCUUAUUUUCGUGUGUUUUGAAACAAUACUGCUUUUGUGGAUACACUUUUAGUUUUCCACAAUUCCUGUCGAAAUUUCUGCUAUAAUAACAUUUAUGUUCAGUAUUAAA